CAUACUUUUGCUGUUCUUAUACAAUGUUUUCUAAGAAAGUUUGCAAUUCAUUACGUUUGUUUACAUCUACUCGUGGUCUUGCUCGGUGCCACUCGAAUUCUGGGCAGGUUUCAGCUUCUUGCCGGCACUCUUUGUCUUCAAAACCCUCCAAUUCCAUGAAUUCGAUCAACUCCACAACAUUCAGUCGGCGGUUGUCUUCUUUGUUCCGGUCGUUUUCAGUUACGAAUUUUAGAAAAAGUCAUCCCAGUCGUUCUUCAUCUUCUUCAGUGUUAACAAGGUUUCUCCUAAUGACGAAACGUGAAGGGUCAAAUUCUCCGGUAAAAUCAUCCCCCCUCAAGAAGAGCAAAAUUGAAGAAGAAAGUUGUCAAGUUUCUUCCGAAUUAAAAGAAAAUAUGGCACCAGUCGUCGUCGUCGAUAACAAAGUCGAAAUUUCUGAGGAGGCGGAAGUAAAGGUGGCGAAAAGUCCGGUGAAGAAUGUAGUGGUGCCGGAAAUAAAAGAAAUUACGCCACGACUGUAUUUCGCCAAGUUGUCGGAUAAGGCGCACGUUCCGUCGAAAGGGUCGAAACUUGCUGCUGGAUAUGAUCUGAAGAGUGCUUACAAAUACACUGUACCUGCCCGUGGUUCCUGUAUGGUCAAGACGGACAUUCAAAUUAAACUUCCGUCCGGAUAUUAUGGUCGAGUCGCACCACGAUCAGGCCUUGCUUUAAAGAACAAGCUUGAUGUUGGAGCUGGAGUGAUUGAUGAAGACUACCGUGGAAAUGUGGGAGUAAUCUUGUUCAAUUUUGGGGACGCCGAUUUCGAAAUUAAUGAAGGUGAUCGCGUCGCACAACUGAUCUGUGAGAAGAUCUGCUACCCUGAAAUUGUAGAGUUGGAGAGUUUGGACGAGACUGAACGUGGCGAAGGCGGAUUCGGAUCUACUGGUGUCGCCGAACAAAAGUCAUCCUAAGAAGUAUUAUUUCCUGCUGUAUCUCACUCGAUUAUUUAAAUAAUUUAUUCAAUGAGGUGAUACACAAUUGAAUGAUUUCUGCUUGAAAUACAUAAUUCAGAUUUAUUCAUGAAAAUGAGAAAGCCUCA